CCGUUUGAACAGCGGCUCCCAUUGAGGAAUACUGGAUGUUUCUAACUAACGAAUUCUUUUACUUGACACUAAGGACAUCAGAAGAGGUUCGUUUUCAUCUCGACAGCACAGAUCACAUCCCCCCUCUUGAGGCAGCAAUUCUAUUUACGUCCCUGUGCCUACCCUUGAUGCCAAAAUGUGGAAGAUAACCUAAUCUCCCAGCUUUUUCCCAUUUGGCGUGUCUCAUGUCUGAGGACAGUGAUCUGAAGCACUACCCGUACUCGACCCUGGACGGGCGCGAACUAAACCGGGAGAGGGUCGGCUUCCAGUUGGACGAAGAAGAAGGUUCUCCCUGCAGCGCCAUCAGCCAGCUGCACCGCAUGGCCAGUGGUUACAACGAGGGUUGUGGCGGACCGGACAGGGUCGAACUGGAACCAGAGUUAGGGAUGGCGUCUGAGGGGAGCGACAGCAGUCAUGAGCACCCGGCAUCAUCCGGCUCCCAACACAAUGACAGGAAGCGGCCACGCCCAACCUUACACGAAGAUGUAGAGAUGGGCGGCAGCGGCUCAAGUGGGAGCGGGACGGAAUCCCAUGGUAACGAGUCACAUGGCAAUGAGUCCCACGGAAAUGAAUCUGUGGCCAGCUCGAGCGGCAACGGCAAGGACUCGGCUCUGAUGGAGUCAUCGGGGAGCAACAAGAGCUCGAACUCGCACAGCCCCUCACCGCCCAGCAGCUCCAAUGCCUUCAGUCUGGUGAGCUCCGAGCAAGACAACCCUUCAACCAGCGGCUGCAGCAGCGAACAGUCAGCCAAAGCUAAGACACAGAAGGAGCUGUUGAAGACCAUAAAGGAUCUGAAGAGGCACAUGCCGUCGGAAAAGAGGAGCAAGGGCAAAUCCAGCACCGUCAACACGCUCAAAUACGCUCUGCGAUGUGUCAAGCAGGUGAAAGCCAAUGAGGAGUAUUACCAGACACUGAUGACUAAUGACAGUCAGCCACCAGGUUGUGACGUGUCAUCCUACACUAUUGAGGAGAUCAACAGCAUCACCUCUGAAUAUACCCUCAAAAACACUGAUAUAUUUGCUGUAGCUGUCUCCCUCAUCACGGGGAAGAUCGUUUACAUCUCGGACCAAGCGGCAUCCAUCUUGAACUGCAACCGGGAAGUGUUCAACAAUGCCAAGUUUGUGGAGUUCCUGACACCUCAGGAUGUCAGCGUGUUCUACAGCUUCACAACGCCUUACCGUCUGCCGUCAUGGAGCAUGUGCACCGGAGCAGAGUCGUCUCCCACGGAGUGCAUGCAGGAGAAAUCCUUCUUUUGCCGCAUCAGUGGUGGUAAGGAGCAUGAAGGGGAUAUCCAGUACUAUCCUUUCCGCAUGACUCCCUACCUGAUGAAAGUCCAGGAUGCUGAGCUGUCUGAGGAACAGUUCUGCUGCCUCCUGCUGGCUGAGAGGGUGCACUCUGGUUAUGAAGCACCCAGAAUCCCUACAGAUAAACGCAUCUUCACUACCACACACACGCCUAACUGUGUGUUCCAGGAUGUGGAUGAGAGGGCUGUUCCUCUGUUAGGUCACCUCCCUCAGGAUCUGAUUGGGACCCCCGUGCUGCUCAAUCUGCACCCAAAUGAUCGGCCCUUAAUGUUGGCUGUGCAUCGCAAGAUCUUGCAGUAUGCUGGCCAGCCAUUUGACCACUCCUCCAUCCGUUUCUGUGCAAGAAACGGGGAGUACAUCACCACGGACACCAGCUGGUCCAGCUUCGUCAACCCCUGGAGCCGCAAGGUCUCCUUCGUUAUUGGCAGGCACAAAGUUCGCAUGGGUCCUGUAAACGAAGAUGUGUUUGCAGCACCAGCUUUCCAUGGAGGGAAGAUCAUUGAUUCAGACAUUCAGGAAAUAAGUGAACAGAUCCACAGGCUCCUUCUCCAACCUGUCCACAACAUGGGCUCCAGCGGUUACGGUAGCCACGGCAGCAACGGCUCCCACGAACAGCUGGUGAGCAUCAGCUCAUCCAGUGAGAGCAACGGGAUUGUCACACCGGGGAACACCUUGGAGGAGACGGGCAAGGCCAAGCCAGCCAGGACAUUCCAGGAGAUUUGUAAGGGAGUCCAUAUGCUGAAGAACCAGGACUCCCAGGUCAGCCUGCGCUCCCCUCCCUCUUCACCCUCACCCUCACCCUCACCGUCUCCAUCCAGGCCUGAACAAAAGAAAACCAUGGACACAGCAGCUCAGAAGAGUCCAGUGGUGCGUCUGAAGGACUCGGCGCCCCCCCUGCAGGCCAGAGACAGUACUGCAGCCAGCAUGCAGGAAUUCACCUGCAAAGACCAGACCGUCUGCUCCUACCAGCAAAUCAGCUGCCUCGACAGUGUCAUCAGGUAUCUGGAAGGUUGUAGCAUCCCCAUCACAGUAAAGAGAAAGUACCAGUUCUCCUCCAACACCACUUCCUCCAACUCUGAUGACGACAGGAAAGCCACAGAGGACGGUUUGGAAGUACCUCCGGGAGCAAACACAGAUCCUUUAAUGCUAGAUGCCCAGCCAGGCCUGUCAAACAUGAAAGCACCUAAGAAGCCUCCAUCUGGGGCAGCUGCUGUGGUCGGAGGCCCCCUGGCGCCCCUCACCCUGCCCAGUAAGGCUGAAAGUGUUGUGUCUAUCACCUCACAGUGCAGCUACAGCAGCACCAUCGUCCAUGUGGGAGACAAGAAGCCUCAGCCAGAGUCUGAGAUUAUUGAGGACGUGGCAGGGAGCCCAGCACCCCCACCUUUGCCUGUCAGUGUGGUGUCUCCGCCCAGCCAGGAGAAGGAGGCAUAUAAGAGGCUGGGACUGACCAAGCAAGUGCUUGCAGCACACACCCAGAAAGAAGAACAAGCCUUCCUCAACCGCUGCCGGGAACUCCACAGCGCCAGGACCUCCCAGAAGAGCUUUUCCACACAUCUGCACAAACACAGAGGACCAACCAAUGCUGAAGAAUCAUCUGGACAGCGAGGUGCUGCCAAACAGGGCACCACCAGACCAGAGACUACUGUCAAGAAGGGCAACCGCAACAGGAAGUCUAAGAAACCACGCAUGAAGCAUCCUGAUUCGUCGGACAGUGCUGUGUCUAACCGCAAACCCCGGCCCCCUCUCCAGGGUCUCAACCAAACCUCAUGGUCCCCAUCAGAAGCAUCCCAGUCAGCUUUUAAUGUGUCCUACCCUGCCAUGGUGCCUGCAUACCCACUCUACCCCCCAGCACCUGCCGCCCCAGCUCAGGCUGCCCACCCUGACCCCUCUCUUUCGACAGGCUUUGGAGAGGGGCAGAGUACACAAGCCCCGCCCGCUGCCACUCCAUUCCCCGCACCUAUUGUUACACCUGUGGUGGCUUUGGUGUUGCCGAAUUACCUCUUCCCCCAAAUGGGACAGUUAGGUCAGAUAGGGCAGCUGGGGGCUGCCCCUAGACCUGCGUUUUUCCCCGAGCAGACCCAGACACAACCUGCAUACACUACCCAGCAGGCCUUUCAGCCCCCGCAGCCAGCUUACACCAUGCAAACACAACCUCCCUUCACCGGCCAACAGCCGUUCCCUGUGCAGACUGCCUUCCCCACCCAGCAGUCAUUUCAAGCUGCCCAGACACCCUUCACUACCCAUCAGCCUUUCCAUGCCGCUCAAACUGCCUUCCCCACCCAGCAGCCAUUCCAAGCUGCCCAGACACCCUUCACUACCCAGCAGCCUUUCCAGGCCGCUCAGACAGCCUACACUACCCAGCAGCCCUUCGCUGCUCAGCCUUCUUUCUCAGUGCAGACUCCGUUUGUGGCUCAAACCCCUUACCCAACUCAACCCUUCUCGUACAGCCUAACCACUGAGCCUCCCAAAACCUCUGCCAUAGAACCCCGCGAGGGAGCGGCGUCUCGCUCCUCCACCCCAGCCUCUGGGGCACGGGAGCCCACCACGUCACCGCCACUGUUCGAAUCGCGGUGCAGCUCACCCCUGCAGCUCAAUCUGCUGAGUAUGGAGGAGGGGCAGCGCUCAGUCGAGCGCCAGGACAGCAACACGACACCUGCUGGAGCCCAGGGCAGCAUUACGGUCGCUGGGUCAGGAGCAGCGGUAGCCGCGGUAGCCGCAGGGGAGAAGAACGGAGCCCAACAGGUGGAGUCUCCAGAAGAUGCCGCUCACAGUGAUCACAGUAACUCCUCGUCCUGCGACUUGCUUGACAUCCUGCUUCAAGAACAGGAGGAUUCCCAUUCCGGCACCGGAUCAGCCACCUCUGGCUCCAUGGGCUCAGGAUCUGGCUCUAGAUCCGGCUCGGGCUGUAACGGCUGUGGUACCUCAGCUAGCGGAGCCUCGGGCAGCAGAACAGGGAGCAGCAAUACCAGCAAGUACUUCGGCAGUGUUGACUCCCUAGAACACAACCCAAAGGCCAAGGCCAAGGCUAAAGCCAAGACAAGAGGUGAAGGAGACAGUGAAAGUGGCCAGUCGCAGGCUAAGGUCUCAUCACAAGGGGAAGGAGAGCAUUUCAUCAAAUAUGUUCUCCAGGAGCCCGUCUGGCUGCUGAUGGCUAACGCUGACAACAAGGUCAUGAUGACAUAUCAAAUGCCAUCCAGGGACAUUCAGAAGGUCCUGCGGGAAGACAAGGAGAGGCUGAGGCAGAUGCAGAAGACCCAGCCUCACUUCACCUCAGACCAGCGACGAGAGCUAAUGGAGGAACACCCCUGGAUGAGAAGGGGGGGUCUGCCGUCUGCUAUCAAUGUCAAGGAGUGUGUGUACUGUGAGGACGCAGCAGCAGCCCCCAUUGAGGAGGAUCUGCCAGACAUGGACAUGGGCGAGCUGAGUGAGGAGCUGAGACGAGAGGGCCAGAAAACUAAGAGCAAAUUAGACGAGACAAGGCCUCAACCGGACUCCUGAACACAUCCCUCCAGUAGGAGGACACUACAGACCAGUCACGGACACUUAUGAU